AUGCCACUGCCCCCUUUCUUCCAGACGACAGACGACAGAACUUUCUCCCGCUCUUGCCUCUCGCGGCUAUCACGUCAGCGAUCAUCAUAUAAAAAUCAGACCCAAAUACGACAUGGCAUCCUACCCAAGCCACAAACCUCAGACCCCGCAACCUCCCCCGCCCAUCCCCAUCAACGACGGGGACGACGACCAGGGUGGUGCGACGAGAGACUACUGAAGAACGAACAAUGA